GCUAGGUCUUUCCCGAGGCAGCUUUCAUUUGGCCUCCUCCUUCCCCACGACACCCUCAUCGACGCGAUCCCUCGAGCUUGCAGACGUCCAUUUAACUAGCAACCGCUCUUUUUGAACCUGCGUGCAUUUUCAAUCCCGCAUCACAUCCACACACGAUGGCAUCCAUCCGUGCCAUCUCCGCGCUAGCGCGGCCAAGCACCAGCGCCGCGCGCACGCCCGCCCUCGCCGCCGCCCUGUCCCCGACCGGUACUAGCAGCAGCGUCCUCCCCCCGGCCCGCUGGAGGCCGCGGUCCCCCAUCUCCCCGCGACCCGCGCAGCAAAGGAGGCUCCAGUCGACCAGCACCAGCACCGCCACCGCCACCAGCACCACGGCCGCCCCGCCGCCCCUAGACCACGACAAGAAGGCGGCGGCGGCGGCGGCGGCGCCCAAGAAGAGCAAGCACCCAGCCGGCUUCACGGCGCCGGACCGGGCGGCGCUGGACGAGCUCCGCGAGGGCGUGCGCGAGUUCUGCCGGCGCGAGAUCCCCGAGGAGCUCGCGGCGCGGAUCGACCGCGACAACGCCUUCCCGGCCGGCCUGUGGCCCAAGCUGGGCGAGAUGGGCCUGCUCGGCAUCUCGGCCGAGGAGUCGGUCGGCGGGCUCGCCAUGGGCUACGCGGCGCACUGCGUCGCCAUGGAGGAGCUGUCGCGCGCCUCGGCCUCGGUCGCCCUCAGCUACGCGGCCCACUCGCAGCUGUGCGUCAACCAGCUGCAGCUCAACGGGACCGCCGACCAAAAGGCCCGCUUCAUGCCGGGCCUGGUGGCGGGGACCCAGGUCGGCGCCCUCGCCAUGAGCGAGAGCGGCGCCGGAAGCGACGUCGUCAGCAUGCGCACCCGCGCCGCCCGCUCGCCCCGCGGCGACGGCUGGCUGCUCAACGGCAGCAAGAUGUGGAUCACAAACGGGCCCGACGCCGACGUGGUCGUCGUCUACGCCAAGACGGACCCGGCCGCCGUGCCCGCGUCGCGCGGCAUGACGGCCUUCAUCGUGCGCCGCCAGCCGGGGCUGACGUGCCUGCGCAAGCUCGACAAGAUGGGCAUGCGCGGGUCCAACACGGGCGAGCUCGUGCUCGAGGACGUCUUCGUGCCCGACGCCGACGUCCUGGGCUCCGUCGGCGGCGGCGCCCGCGUGCUCAUGGAGGGGCUCGACCUCGAGCGUCUCGUGCUGUCGGCCGGGCCCCUGGGCAUCAUGCAGGCCGCCCUCGACGUGGCCCUGCCCUACGCCCACGCCCGGACCCAGUUCGGCCGCCCCGUGGCCGAGUUUCAGCUCGUCCAGGGCCGACUGGCCGACAUGUACACCAAGCUCCAGGCGUCCAGGGCCUACACCUACGAAACGGCCCGCCGCGUCGACGAGACGGGCGAGAUCCGCACCCAGGACUGCGCCGGCGCCAUCCUGUACGCCGCCGAGCGCGCCACCGAGGUCGCCCUCGACUGCAUCCAGGUCCUGGGCGGCAUGGGCUACACCGAGGAGAUGCCGGCGAGCCGGCUGUUGAGGGAUGCCAAGCUGUACGAGAUCGGCGCGGGAACCAGCGAGGUCCGGAGGAUGGUGAUUGGGCGCUACUUUAACAAGCAGUUCGCAACAACCCCUGUGUGAUGUCAGAAGCGCAUCGAGGAUUUCCAUGCAUGCGUCCUUUUUUAUCCGACUCGACCAACAGCAGGCCGGCCCCUCUUCGCCCCCAGGCGUGAUUUCUGGGUGGAUCCAUAGAACCUUGCCUAUAUCUCGGUCCCUCCCGAAUCGGUUUGUCGGAACUGACCCCUCCCUCGCGCGUGCUUUGCUCACCAUAUCGCCGGGAUGCAACGGGAAGCUGCUUCGCGCCUAUUCGCCGUCCAGUGUGGAAAGGACUGCGGAUCGCCUGCCACGUUGCGGGGAUAUUGGUGUGUGGGAUAGAGCGGUACCAGGCCACAACAAAGAACAAUGAAAGGCUCCAAGGUCGGGCGAGAGGGCUUGAAUACUUUUACCCUCCCGCUCGGUUUUCGGGCCUAAAUCUCGCUACCACCCCGCCCACAUACUAUUGUCUUUGUGACGUUUCAUGGAGCGUUGCCGCACCGUCUUCCCAUGUUCUCGCACGAUAUCUGACGGCGUGCACGCCAGCCAGGAUCAUGCGAGGGGGGGCGUGGGACUUAAAUAGUCAAGCUCGCGCGUGGGGGUGCCCCAGCAGAUACUAGGUCAAUCCCUGCUACCAACGGCAGCGGUUAAGCAACCUAUGCGAGAUCGUAGAUGGACACAUGACAUCCGGACAGCCAUAGGAAAGUGGAUGCGGGGCGGGGCGAGGAAGGAAAAACGGAAGAAUAAGGGAUCUAACUUGGGUGGGACUUCUCACGCGUGGUAUCGCAGCAUGGGGAGAGGACGACGGGCAGCCGCAUGCCCAGCAGUUGGGCACGGGCAUAGGACGCGGGAUGAUGGAUAUGGCAUUCCUGACGGUACAUAUUUGUCGAGCGGCCGGCCAAUGGCCCUCGUUGCUCCAUUUCGGUACCCGGAGGUGAUGUAAACUUUGGAACGGAGGACUGGCGGCAUGACAUCUCACCGGUCUUCCAUGAAGGUACGCGCGCCCAUGUGCCAGACUACACCGGUGAGCAGCAGAUCAUAGGCACAAGGAUCUGGGCACUGAAAUAUUCCCGGGGUGCGUAAACGAAUUUCCUGAUGGCAUGCCCGAGUUCCCUAAACCGCUCGGCUUUCUCAAAAAGGGAAGCACAUGGCUCCAUCGGCGCAUAGAAUCGCCCUGUUUGAUGUGUAUAGCAGGAAAAUGAGGGGAGAGGAGCGGCAGGAGAUAGAUUCCAGACGGCCUAUAGGAUAAAGAUGCAUGCCGGCCCCAUGAUCACGAGGCCCUCAUGAUCAGGCAGGUAGGGUGGUAGACUGACAGCAUCAGCAUGCAUGCCAGGGGCGAUAUCGGAGCACCAGAUUGGCUGUUGCGUACCUAGGUAGCUAGUAGGUAGGUACCCUUGUGUGACUGG